AUGCCGCACGCGAUGGGUCCUCAGGGUGCACACUCCCCAUACCCUGGAUAUCCUCACGACUUGAUGGUCUACGGCCAGACCGGGUUCUAUCCAGAUCAACCCAACUAUUUCGGGGGACCGAUCCCGGGCAUGAUGCCUCCUCAUUAUUGGCCACCCUACCCCCCAGUGCCUUCUCCUCCAGUGCAACCCAAACCUAAAUCCCCCUCACCGCCGACGCCUGCUCCCGAACCUGCUCCGGCCCCGGCCCCUGAACCCGCUCCCCCACCGCCACCGCCGCCUCCGCCUCCACCAAUCGAUACUUCCAAGGAUGAGCAAAUUGCGAGGCUAGAGAAGUUGAUUCUGGACGAUCGUCUAGACCGGGAAGCGAAAGAGCUUGCCAAAAAGCAGGCUAUUGAACGCGCGGCCGCCGAGAAAGCAGCUCAGGAUGCACAGCUCGCGCAUGAUAGGAAGAUUACCCAAGAAGCUGCGGCGCUUGCUCGAGCGGAUGCAGAAAAAAAGGCAGCAGAGGAUGCCGCAAAGGCUAAGGAGGAGGCGGAGAAAGCCACGGCUGCGGCCGCUUCUGAGGCUGCAGCAGCGGCAACUGCCGCGGCCAAUGAAGCGGCUGCCAAAGCGGCCGCAGCGGCCAAUGAAGCAGCUGCCAAAGCGGCCGCAGCGGCUGCUGAAGCGGCUGCUAAAGCUGCCGAACCGCCACCACCACCGCCACCCCCAGAGAAGAAGCAGCCUAUCAAAUUUAAGGACGCCGGGAUGGAAGAGCUCAUCCGGCAGGCUUUCCUUCAUAUCGAAGUCAUUGGACCUCAUGUGGCCGAGGGCCAUUAUGAUCUUAUUGGUCCGGAUGGCGACAUUAUCCUCCCACAGGUUUGGGAAACUGUGGUCGAGCCUGACUGGGCUAUCACUAUGCACAUGUGGCCAAUUCCCGAAAAGCCAAAGGAAGACCCUCCUCCUCCUCCUCCUACUCCUCCUCCUCCUCCGCCUCCUCCUCCCCCUGCACCAGAGCCUGCCCCUGUUAAACUUGCGGAUCCACCUGCCGAGUCGAAGAAGAAAGCAGAUGGCCCUAAAAAAGUCAAGGCCCGAGGACCAGAUGCCCCCGGGAGUUUCGCGAUGUGGAUUGCAGGUGGUUCCAAUCGCCGGGGGGUAAAGGGGGUUUUAAAGUGGAAAAAAAACCUGAUGCCCCUCCCCCAGCACCCGCACCAUGAGAAACCGGUUCCCGCCGAUCACCCUGCUUAG